UAAACAUCUCCUUUGAAAGGGAUAAUCCAUUUCACCAAGAAACUGACACAUCAAGACACAUUCGACUCAAAAGUCAACACACAACUUCUCCAAACAUAUGUGCACACCCACAUACGUUGUUUUAAUUUAUUUUUUCUCUCUGCUUGAUUAAAUACUUGACUAUUACGAAGUGUUCAAAAUGGCCUGCUGCAGAUACUACUGCCCCCCCAAGUUCAACCCCUUUUACGUGGGUCCGUAUCCGGAUUGCGCCUGUGGGCCGUGUCCCUACGGGUGCUACUCGGGAUUCACUCCGUGUGGCUGGGGUUGCUGUUGAUGAGGUACUACUGGCAUCCGCUUUGAACACUACCUAAAACUCAGGGAAGGAGUCAAGCUGAGCGAAGAACGUUUACUUCUGAAGACUUUGUCAAUAGAAUAAUAAAUCAUAACAUGCUUAACAAACAGUAAAAA